CUGCUCUGACUUACGACUUGUGGCGACGGUAUAUACCCAGAGACUCACCAUGAAAGGUACAUUUAAACAGAACCGUGAGCAGCGGAGAGACGUGCGCGUGAGGAGAGGAGGCUCGCAAACACUUUAGGCACAAUAACAACAACAACACCUGAGAGACGCACCGGGGAUAAAAGAAACCCACCGUCUGAUUUUUUGUUUGUGGUUUUUUUUGGGGAGAUUUCCUCGGAGAAGGUUUUGGAGAUGUCUCACGUCCAGUUAUCGAGCAGCGCGCUGGAGCGGCUGGUGGCCAGGAGGACCUUCCCUCUCCACAGACGCACCAGCGUCUGCCGCAACCUCUUCGGACCGGUGGACCACGACGAGCUGAACAGGGAGAUGAAAGCCAAGAUGCGGGAGAUUUCCGAGCGAGACCAGCAGAGAUGGAACUUUAAUUUCGAGGCCAACACCCCGCUGGAUGGGGAUUACGAAUGGGAAGAGGUGCCGGUGGAUAAGAGCCCGGCGUUUUAUCACGACUCUCUGGAGAACGGCAGGAGCCGCGUGCCCGCGGCACCCGUCAAGCAGCGGCCCUCCUCGGACCCCGCCGUGGCGGAGACCCCCAGCAUGGAUGUACUGGAGCGCCUGGCCGUGCCCGAGAGCAGCAGCACUCCCUGCCCGGUGGAGAUCAACCAGGAGAACCGCACAGACAAACUCAACUCAGGGAAGCACAGGCAGGUCCCGUGUGUGAGACGCAAGAGGACGGCCACUACUGACAACAACACACACAUCACAGACUUCUUCGUGAAACGAAAGAGGGGUGCUGAUAUAAAAACGAACGAAAUGAGCUCUUGCCAUCUCUCCAAGUCUCCGAUUCCUGUGGAACAAACUCCACGAAAGAGGAUUCGUUGAAGGUGGUUUUUGCACUAUUUGCCUGCGCAUUUUUAAAGGAACUCGGAGGGAAAUCGCUUUGAUUUCCGCGGACUGCUGGAGAAGAGGAGUGGGGACAACAGAAACAAAAACCAGGAGACGGUGUGAGGAGGACACAAAAGAAGUCCCACCGGCUCCGUGCGCCGUCCCGGCGGCCGGCGGAGCGCAGCCUCAACACCGGAGCAGACUCUCAGGACUGAACGGUUUGGGGAGGGGAGGAAGCAGAGGAAACUUUCGCCGAAUGACUUCUAUCCAGUACAAAUGUAGCAUUCAUUGUUGCUUUUGCAUACAGCCACUCGACAGUGUUAAAUGUUUUAACAUCUGUGCAAUCCUAAACUUCUUUAAAAGAAUCGUCUACACUGGCCAAAAGUGUACAGCUUUAUAGAGACAAUAGCUUAUAAAUGUUUAUUUCUGUUUUUUUUCUCUGUAAAUUUAUAUUUUUAAGUUUAUUCUAACUUAUAAUUUAUUUAUGUUUCUUUAUAUUUGUUAAAUGCCUUGUUGAUUUAGCCAAAGGGCAUAUUUUAUUUUAUUUGUAUUAUAUUAUUUACAUUUUGUAUUGUGAUGUUUUGCAAUCAUGUAGCUUCCACAUAGUAGUCCACACUUGAAAAUAGUUUUGUUUCGUGUCUCUGAGCCGUUUUUUUUCUGUGUUUUCAUACAAGUGCCCUAAUGUCUUGCAAAAGAUGGGAAUAAAAUAUCUUUCACUUAAAUUU